GCCUCGCCCAGGCUCCGCGGGCGCCGCCGCCACCCCUGCUGCCCGGGGCAGGCUGGGGCACGGACACGGUAGCGCUCUUCGCUCUGCCCUCCCAGGGAGUCUCUGCUUAGGAAGCCCGCCUCACCUUCCCCGGACCCGGCAGCCCUCAACCCUCUCGGCUUUCGGGACCCACUCGCCCGACCCCUGGCCUUUCUCUGCCUUCCGCCCGAGAGGACUACGCCGCGUGCCCCUUUUCCUUUCACUCUCCUGUGGCGGCCGUCUCCCGUCGCAGGGAGAGGGAAGCAUGAGGCCUGCAAGGGCCCUGGCGUCGCGGGAGGAGGAGGCGGGAGGACACGCCGCCUUCCCUGACUCUGCAGCUUCCCCUGUGUAAGCUGCUGCCUCUUCGGGAAUUGAGACGGCAUCGCCGACUGCUCUCAGCACACCACGCCGAAGUAACAUGUUCCCAGCCUUGGAAACAGAGCUAAAGCAGGAGGUUCUUCCUGAUCCCUAUGAAGACUUUAUGUAUCGCCAUCUUCAGUAUUAUGGCUACUUUAAAGCUCAGAGACGCAGUUUGCCGAACUCUGCUACACAUCAUCAUGUUUGGAAGAAUAACCCUCAAUACCUGUUGAAUGGCUCUCUUGGGGAAAGAGAUGAUUUAACACAAGAUACCCUGCAAAGGAAGCUUCCAUGGCCUACCUGUUUAUCUUCAGUGGUGCACAGACAGAUAGAAGCUGUAAGGAGAGGUAUUUCAUGUCCUUCCAGACCAGAAAAUUCAGGCUCCUUUAUGGCAGAUUCACUUAUGCUGAGUUCACCGCUUCUCAGGAGCAGACAACUUCUGUAUGAUGAGUUGGAUGAAGUAAACCCUCGUCUUCGAGAACCUCAAGAGCUCUUUGCCUUUUUCUCUACCAGGGGGCCACUGCAGCCUCCAAGAUGGCCAAUAGAAUGUGAGGUCAUCAAGGAAAGCAUUCAUCAUAUUGAGUGGGUUCCCUCUCUACCAGAAUAUUUCUAUCAACCUACAGGAAAUGAAAAAGUACCAGAAAUUGUAGGAGAAGAAAAAGGCACAGUCGUCUACCAAUUAGAUUCAGUGCCCACAGAAGCUUCCUAUUUCACCAGUUCCAGAGUGGGAGGCAAACGAGGAAUUAUCAAGGAGCCCGCUGUUACGUUGCAGGGACCAGAAGAUAAUACUCUACUGUUUGAAUCAAGAUUUGAGAGUGGAAAUCUGCAAAAAGCUGUCAGAGUAGACACCUAUGAGUAUGAACUUACCUUGCGAACCGACCUCUACACAAACAAACAUACUCAGUGGUUUUAUUUUCGUGUUCAGAAUACCAGAAAAGAUACUACCUAUCGCUUCACCAUUGUCAACUUGCUAAAACCCAAGAGUCUUUAUACUAUAGGAAUGAAGCCUCUCAUGUACUCCCAGUCGGAUGCCAACACCCACAACAUUGGCUGGAGGAGAGAAGGAAAUGAAAUCAAGUACUAUAAGAACAACAUGGAUGAUGGACAGCAGCCUUUCUACUGUCUCACGUGGACCAUUCGGUUUCCACAUGAUCAGGACACUUGCUUCUUCGCACACUUCUACCCAUAUACAUACACGGAUUUGCAAUGCUACCUUCUGUCAGUGGCAAACAACCCCAUCCAGUCUCAGUUCUGCAAGCUCCGUUCUUUAUGCAGGAGCCUAGCAGGAAAUACUGUCUAUCUGCUCACCAUCACCAACCCAUCGGAGACCCCUCAAGAGGCAGCUGCAAAGAAAGCUGUGGUCUUGAGCGCCAGAGUCCAUCCUGGAGAAAGUAAUGGCUCCUGGAUUAUGAAAGGCUUUUUGGACUUCAUCCUUAGCAACUCUCCAGAUGCCCAGCUCCUCAGAGAUAUUUUUGUGUUCAAAGUGGUUCCCAUGUUAAAUCCAGAUGGUGUGAUUGUGGGAAAUUACCGGUGUUCCUUGGCUGGAAGGGACUUGAACAGGCAUUAUAAAACCCUUCUGAAGAAAUCUUUCCCUUGCAUUUGGCACACCAGGAACAUGAUCAAAAGACUUCUUGAAGAAAGAGAGGUUCUCUUGUACUGUGAUUUCCAUGGCCAUAGCCGUAAGAAUAAUAUCUUCUUGUAUGGCUGUAAUAACAACAAUCGCAAGUACUGGCUUCAUGAGCGAGUCUUCCCUUUAAUGUUAAGCAAAAAUGCACCAGACAAGGUAAGCACAUAAAGUAAUUUUCUAGCCUUGACUGAGGGACAAGGGAACUCACUGCUUCCUAUUUGUAGUGUUUAUUUGUUACUUUGUAUCUCUUU